ACUCCUCUGCUCUGCCUUCACCCCUGCUUCUCCGCGACUUUCCAACGCUCGCCCUCUCCAUACACCAGCAGAUCGCGCCAGUCGAUUUCAUGACCACGGACAUCCAGAAUCUCAAGUCCUUCGAUCCGUUCGCGGAGGUCGACGAUGCUGGAGGCGAAGUAAAGUCCACCCAGCAGAACUACAUCCACAUCCGUAUUCAGCAACGCAAUGGUCGUAAGACUCUAACUACGGUCCAAGGCCUACCCAAGAAGUUUGAUCAGAAGAAGAUUCUCAAGGUCAUCAAGAAGAAGUUUGCUUGCAAUGGCACCGUCGUCGCAGACAGUGAGAUGGGAGAGGUGAUCCAGUUGCAGGGUGAUCAACGCAAAGAUGUCAUGGACUUCUUGACCGACAAGAAGGAGGGCCUCGGCCUUGAUGGCAAGACCAUCAAGGUUCACGGCUUCUAACCGCGUCGAAUACGCUAUGCCCACCGCCGCUCCUCACGCCGAGCGACCGCUUCGAGCUAGACGACAACGAGACUCGUACGGCGGAGGAGGAGCAUGCCGGCACGUCGGACGCGUAGCACACACGAUCCACGCUGCUGAGAUGCGGUACGGCAUAGCAAGUAUCCCGCGGAGAACUGACGGUUUCCCCGUAUCUCGAUUGCUCUUGGAGCAACAGAUGCGGCUAUCGCCAGUUUUGCACGCUGAUGUAUCAGGUGCUGGCAGGAUGAUGGAGGAUAGCUCGUUCAAGACAAACAAGACAUUGGUCUUUUAGUCAUGUUCAAUUAAAAGAGUGUUUUGUUUUA